GAGCGGCCUUGGCGCUGCUGCUGCCCGCCUCGGGGAGAUCCUCGCCCCUCGCCUUGGCGGAGCGGCAGCUUGCAGCUGGAGCCGGGCCACAGCGCCGCCCGGGCGGAGGAGGGGGCCGAGGGCGCCCCGCGGAGCGGCGGAGUGCCGAGCGAGGGGGCGGGCCGGCCGGCAGGCCGGGAAGCGCAAAUUCCUCCGCGCAGCGCGCCAUCGGCUGCCCCAGCCGCGUACCAAAGACUGGCCGCGGCGACGGGGCCGCUUUCCCGGCGCGCCCCCUCCCCGCCCCGCCGGUGCGCUGCUGCGAGGCCAGCCCCUGCGGGCGGGAUGUCUCCGAGGUGACCGUGGCAGCGGCAGCAGCAGCAGGAGGCGCCGCCUGCUCGCUCCUCGCAGGGCCCGCGGGGCAGAGAAGGAAGAGCAGCCGCCGCCGCCGCCGCCGCCGCGGGAGGAGAAGGAGCCGGCCCGGCGGCGGCAGCAGCAGCAGCAGCAGGAGGAGGCGAUUGCGGCUUCCCCGACGCUGCUGGACGGGCGACACCGGCGGCGGCAUGGAGAAGUACGAGGAGGGCUUGGCCAAAGCCAGCAAGCUGAUGGCAGAGCUGGCGCUCUACGAGGAAGGGCUGGGCCGGCGGAGGCGAGAGCCGCUGCCGCAGCCGUCGGGGCAGCAGCCGGAGCUGGAUGGGCGAGCCAAGAAGCAGCUGAACGGCGGCGGCGGCGGUGGCUGCGCGCUGGGCCCUCCGCCGCCCUACCCGCCGCCGCUGCUGCAGCCGCCCCAGUCGACGGCGGGCGAAGGGAACCCGGCGAGCCUUCCGCUGCUGCGCUCGCUCAACGGCGGCGGCUGCUACGAGGACGGGCCAUGCCCGCGCUCCGAGGUGGCGCUCCCUUGCUACAAGCGCUACUCGGCCGAGGGCUACCCGCGCGGCAAAGGCGGCGGGGCCAGCCCGCGGGCCUCGACGUGCUACGGCCCGGAGGCGAGCAGCAGGUUCCCGCCGUCGAUGGCGACAGGAGCAGGAGGGGGUGCCCUGGCCAGCCCGCGGGGCAGCCUGGUGACCGGGCCGGUCGAGGCGCUGAGCCCGCGCUCCAGUUACGCCAGCACGGCCAGCGACACCAGCAAGCACUCCAGCCCGCGCGCCAGCCUCACCAGCUCUUCCGACGGCGGCGGCGGCGGCGGCGGGGGCGGCAGCAGCAGCAAGCCGAGCAGCAACCGCACCAGCGGCAUCAGCAUGGGCUACGACCAGCGGCACAUCAGCCCGCGCUCCUCGUCCUCCGGCACCGGCGAGCUGGAGGCGGCGGCGGGGGCCCGCCACGGGUCGGCGACGGGGGCAGCAGGCGCGUCGCCGUCGGGGGGCAGCGCGGCCCUGGUCAGCCCCCGCUCCAGCAUCUCCAGCCACAGCUCGCGCAGCUCGCGCAGCUCCCGAGGCUCGAUGGGUGCCUACCCGGAGCUGCAGCUGCCCUCGCCGCGGGCGUCGAUGCUUCCCGAGGACGGCCCGCUGGGGCUCGAGCCGGCGGCCGAUGGCUACCCGGGGGCGCUGCUGCUGCUGCUGCACGGCCCGUCUCCGGCGGCCCUGGGGCCCGAGGCCGCCUCCAUGCCCUACGGCCCCGCCGCCAAAUUCCGGAUCCCUUUCCAGGUGACGCCGUCCAGGGAGAGCGGGCCCAGCCAGGCGGAGAAGAGGCUGGAGGCGCUCACCGCGGAGCUGGAGAAGGAGCUGGAGAUGCACCGGAAAAAAGAGUAUUUCGGUAUUUGUAUCAAGUGUGGAAAGGGGGUGUACGGGCCCAGCCAGGCCUGCCAGGCCAUGGGGAACCUUUACCACACCAACUGCUUUACGUGCUGCUCUUGCGGGAGACGAUUACGAGGCAAAGCCUUCUACAAUGUCAAUGGAAAAGUCUAUUGCGAAGAAGACUUCCUAUAUUCAGGUUUUCAGCAAACAGCGGAUAAGUGCUUCAUUUGUGGACACCUCAUAAUGGAAAUGAUUUUGCAGGCCCUUGGGAAGUCGUAUCACCCUGGCUGUUUCCGCUGCAUAAUGUGCAAUGAAUGUCUGGAUGGCGUUCCCUUUACUGUAGACGUGGAGAACAAUAUUUACUGUGUCAAAGACUAUCACACGGUGUUUGCACCAAAGUGUGCUUCCUGUAACCAGCCAAUUUUACCAGCACAGGGUUCUGAGGAGACCAUCCGGGUGGUGUCGAUGGACAGAGAUUACCACGUGGAAUGCUACCAUUGUGAGGACUGCAGCCUCCAGCUCAAUGACGAAGAAGGCCGCCGUUGCUACCCUUUGGAGGGGCAUCUGCUUUGCCACGGCUGCCAUAUCCGGCGCCUGGGCAUGAAAGUGCCACCCCACCCUCCCCCCGGGUACCCAAUGCACAUUACUGAACUCUGAGGCGCUUCCCUUCCUGUCCAGUGGCAACCAGGAGGAGGAGAUUUCGGUGGGGGAAGAAUGACUUUUUCCAUUCCUUUUUAAAGACAAAGCCGCCAAGUUAUUUAUUGUUUCCAAGGCUGAGGAGAGAGAGGCGCCCCUCUGAGGUUGCGCCUACGUUCCACUUGCCGAAUAAUUCCUCCUGAGACUCUGGGUACUUGAAAAACAAUGCACCGCACGGAUGUGAUUGUAAAACGGGAGUGUGUUCCAGUGCUGGGGUACGAAGGGCCAUCGGUCUGCCUUUGCUUGCUUCAGUCCUAGCUUUGCCCCCUUGGCGGGGUUUAGUCUCCACAGGAAUCCUAACCUCCCCCGGCUGUGCUGCAGCCAAGAGAAGCUCAAGGCUGUCCUUUCCUUCGGGGUCUCAUUGCAGCCCAACCUGAGGCACU